AUGUCUGGCGACGAUACUUCUUACGCUCCCAAAUCCCCCGACUUCUCUUCCUUCUUUUCCGGCCCGAGCGACCAAGCACCACCGCUCGAUCUCGGACCCUCAAGUCACAGCCAGCAAUUUCAGUCCCCCUCCUUUGGCUACACCUCGUCCUACGUUCCCCCAACCUCGACUAGCUUCAAGCACGGCGGCUACGGCGUGGGCAGCGACUCGUACCUCCCGCCAACCCGGCUGCAACAGCAACAUUCUUUUUCGCAGACGUUGGGUGACCAGCCUUCGUACGGCCCAGAGACCCAUCGGCAAGACCCCGGCCAGCUUCCCGUCGUCCCGACCGCGUUUGGCGACCCGUACCCUCAGACUCGGAGCCAGAAGCAGCCGCAGCGGCCCGCCGCUGAGCCCGAAACAAAAAGGAUGCCUCCCCGCAAGGCGGCCAAGGAGCCGUCACCACCCGCGCCCCCCAUCAUCGACUCGUCCAUGGUCAAGACCAAGUUCCCGACAGCCCGCAUCAAGCGAAUCAUGCAAGCCGACGAGGAGGUCGGCAAGGUCGCGCAGCAGACACCCAUCGCCGUCGGCAAGGCCCUGGAGCUCUUCAUGAUCCAGCUCGUCUCCAGAAGCGCCGAGGUGGCCAAGGACAAGGGGUCCAGGCGCGUCACCGCGUCCAUGCUCAAGCAGGUGGUCGAGUCGGACGAGCAGUGGGACUUCCUGCGCGAUAUUGUGAGCCGCGUCGAAAAUGAAAAGGAAACGGUCAAGAAGGAACCUAAACCCAAGGCCGAGAGCGACUCGGAAGACGAGCAGCCCAAGAGGAGACGCGGCGAGCGAGGUGCGGGACGGAAGAAAAAAGCUUGCUAG